AUCCUUGCGGAUUGGAAAUACGGAAAAAAUUACAAAUGUCAAAGAUUGUGUGUUUUCCAAGUUUUCUAAAAGUAAAUUUACUUUAAUUUAUAAUAAAAGAAUAGUUUCAGUAAAGUGUUAGAAGCUAUAAAAGAUCCGAGAAGAGAAAAACCACGGGAUUAUAAACUGGUUAAUAAGUUUUUGGUGCUAAGACUUAAAGUAAGAUAAAAAAUGGCGGAAGCAGGUUUCCCAGGUCAACACACUACAACAACAACCAUAACGUCGAGCACUACUGUGCAGACCAACAUACGAUUUGACUCCUCCUACAUGCAGACACUACCUGGCAUCUUGAAGGUUAUACAGGUGGGAGCCAGCCUCCUCGGGUUCAUCUCGGCCCUCUGCUCCAGCUUCAGCCACCUGAGCAAGUCGCAGUACUUCAUGUGGAUUUCCAUGAUAGCGUUCUGGUACACGGGCAUCCUGCUCGGCUUCUACCUGUUCCACAUUGUGGAGAAAUUCUACAAGAUCCCGUGGCUGAAGAUGGAGAUGUGCUUCACGUGCCUGUGGGCGCCGCUGUACCUGCUGGCCGCGAUCCUGGCCAUCACCGUUGAGGACAGUGCUCAUUACGCUGCUGCGUUCUUCGGUUUCUGCGCGACGGCGGCGUACGCGCUCGACGCGUUCCUCAAGUGGCGGGGCGUGCGCGCGGGCGGGCUGGCGCAGGGCACGCGCGUCGUCUCCAAGCAGACCACCAGCGUCGCGCCGCCCAGGGAGGGAUACUAAGUCACUACUGAAGAUGACGACGAUCUGAGAAGUUGAUUCCUAGGCAGAUGGGGGACCUACGUAGUUACGUCAAACC